AUGGGCGGUCCGCGCGACCCUCCCACUGGCUGCAGCCUGCUUGUGAGGAACCUGGCCCCCGAUGUGAGCGGCGAUGACCUGCGAUACGCCGCGGAGAAGUAUGGGCGCGUCAAGGACGUCUACGUCCCCAAGGACUACUACACCGGCCGCCCGCGCGGCAUUGCCUUUGUCGAGUUUGACGACCGGCGGGAUGCCGAGGACGCCAAGUACGGCAUGGACCGCUCCAUGCUGGGCAGCGGCGAGAUCGCGGUGCAGUUUGCCAUGAGGGGCCGGCGCCGCCCGGGCGAGGGCGGCCCGGGCGGUGGUGGCCGUGGCUACGGCGGCGGCGGUGGCUACGGCGGUGGCUACGGCGGAGGUGGCGGCUAUGGUGGUGGUGGUGGCGGAUACGGUGGUGGCGGUGGCUAUCGCGGAGGCUAUGGCGGCGGUGGCGGCGGCUACCGCGGGCGCAGCCGGUCGCCGCGCCGCCGCUCCCGCAGCCGCUCCCGUAGCAGGAGCCGCGACAGGCGGCGUUCCCGCAGCCGCAGCAGGAGCCGCGAGGGCCGCCGCCGGCGCAGCGUCGCCGGCACGGUCUGCUUCCCCUGCAAAGAGCAAGAGCCGCAGCCCCCGCAAGAGCCGCAGCCCGAGCCGCAGCCCUGCUCGCUCGAAGUGAUGCGCCUGCACGAACCACGGCUGUAG